AUGUCCCGUAACCGCGUCAAAAACAUUGCCUACGACGACGAUGACUGCGCCUCUGAUGACUACGACUACGAUGAUUACAGUACGGCCCCGGGCACAGGCCCAGGCCACAAUGACAUGACACCCGAAGAUCGCGAAGAGAUGCGCCAGUGCACGGUACUUGUGCGUGAACUACUGGAUGCAGACAUACCGCCCGUCCCUGCGUCUGACGAGGAGAUUUGGGAGGCGCUUUGGUAUUAUUAUUUUGAUAUUGAGAAGGCGGUUGGGUGGUUGAGAAGGAAAUAUACACCAAAGACACCGAAGGCUAAAGCGAAAGCGAAGGGAACCCAUCCAUCUCCAUCUCCAUAUCUAAUUCCGGAAUGUCCGCAGCCCUUCUCCACCGCAGAUUUCUUCAAAGAUUCUCCUUGGCUGAAUAUUCCUGCCCAGUGCAAAGCUGAUAUUCUAAUCGAGCCUCUCUAUCCUCCAUUGGGGCUGUUGGGCGGUGCACCUGAGGCAUCAGGGAAGGUGUCUAAACUUGCUGCGCUGGCUGCGCGGAAAAGAAAAGACAAUGAACAUCAUAAGGCUGCGAGUGUAGCUGGCAGUGGCAGCGAAACUGCCAGUGAGGCGUGUUCACUCUCAUCGGAUGACCAGCGGAGUGCUCCUAUGUCGCUACUAGAGAGGCUCGCGGUGAAUGGGAAAUCUCAGGGAACUGCGGCGGUGCCAGCUAGGCCGAUACGUCUCCCAUUGCGGAGUGGGAAGGGUCCACUAUUAAACAAUAAACCCAAGCAGCCGGUUUCGCCACUCAGUUCUACUGCCACGACAGAACAACCACCUAUAAACUGUACAGCUGAGCCCAUGAUUGGAAAGAGGAAAGCGGCAGCGAUUUCCAUAGAGACGACAGAAGGCCGUCCUUCAAAGUUACCCGACCUACGCGCGGAACCCUCGGCGUUUGCUAUGGUCCUUAUUGGAAUGCGAGGGAUUGGAGUUGGAGUUGGAGAUGAUCAUAGAGCUUCACCACCGCCCAAACCUAUCACACAUAACAUUGACGUCAUGAAGUUUUUUGGUCAAGAUCUUACUGAAGCGUUUGACUUUGCAGAGCCCAGUCCAGAUGAUAUUGUCAUCAAUGCACGAGAGUCUGCUAAAGGUGCUAAAGCGAAACGAACUGCAGCAGCAGCAGCAGCGAAGGGGACGGGUGCUGCCUCGAGUAGAACCCUUCCGGCUGACGUGACAGAUGGCGUUAAGCAGGUAUCUGUCCAAGAGACUGUGAAGGUUAAGAGCAAGAAUUUGGAUGUGUUGGCGGAGUAUCGCAAGACUGAGAGGAAGAAGGCGGCGAACUUUGUCGUUAUCGGCCAUGUUGAUGCUGGGAAAAGUACAUUAAUGGGAAGGUUACUAUACGAACUUAAAGCCGUUGAUCAGCGAACCAUCGACAAAUAUCGAAGGGAUGCCGAUAAGAUCGGUAAGGGCUCAUUCGCGCUUGCAUGGGUACUUGAUCAGGGUUCCGAAGAACGUGCGCGUGGUGUAACAAUCGACAUUGCCACCAACCAAUUCACGACGGAAAAUACCAACUUCACUGUUUUAGACGCACCAGGUCAUCGUGACUUCGUCCCCAACAUGAUCGCUGGAGCCAGCCAAGCUGACUUUGCUGUGUUGGUUCUUGAUGCAACGACGGGAAACUUCGAAUCCGGGCUUAGAGGACAGACGAAGGAGCAUGCUCUACUGGUUCGAAGCAUGGGUGUUCAGAAGAUAGUUGUGGCUGUUAACAAGAUGGAUGCAGCAGACUGGUCCCAGUCCCGCUUCGAUGAGAUGGAGCAGCAGAUCUCCUCGUUCCUAAUGACGGCGGGAUUUCAGUCAAAGAAUAUAUCAUUUAUCCCCUGCUCGGGGCUGCGGGGUGAUAAUGUUGUGGCGCGGCCAGAUGAUAAAAACGCUGCGUGGUAUACGGGGAAGACACUGGUGGAGGAGCUGGAUACGUCGGAACCAUACACGUAUGCGCUCGACAAGCCGCUGCGGAUGACGAUAGCAGAUGUCUUCCGCGGCGGUGUACUGAAUCCGCUCUCGAUAUCUGGCCGGUUGGAUUCUGGGCACUUGCAGGUGGGCGAUCAACUGGUCACCAUGCCCAGUGGGGAACGAUGUACCAUCAAGGGCGUGGAGGUUGAUCGGGAACCGAGCGAUUGGGCUGUAGCAGGCCAGAAUGUAGUAUUACACCUGACAAACAUUGACAGCGCGCAUGUGCGCAGCGGAGAUGUACUCUGCAGUCCUACCAGUCCCGUGAAGAACAUCACGUCUUUUACAGCGAAGGUGCUUGCGUUUGAUCAUCUGACGCCCAUGCAUAUUGAUGUGCAUCGGGGGCGGUUGCAUGUCCCCGGGCGCAUAAGUCGGCUUGUGGCUUUGUUGGACAAGGGGAGUGGGGGUGCGGUGCGCAAGAAACCGAAGAUCGUGGGGCCGGGGAAUGUGGCGAGGAUUGUUGUUGAGAUGGAGCGGGCAAUUCCGUUGGAGGCGCCGGGUAGGGUUGUGUUGAGGGCUGGUGGAGAGACGGUUGCGGCGGGUUUGUUGGAGGGGUGA